AUGGGUUUCACUGACGAGGACCUCCUGUUCAAAGUUACACCCAUCGAGCAAAUCAGUCCAAGAGGCUGGCCAAGAUAUAUCUUUCCCUUUGAACUUCCCGCCGACUAUAAUCUCGAUGAAGUGACUCAGGUCCUGAGAGACGGCUGGGAAACCACUUGCCGCCGUCUUCCCGUCCUGAAAGGUGAAGUCGUUGCUGACCCGGACGCGAAGCAAAGUGGGGCUAUCAAGAUCCAGCUGCUCGAUGAAAAGGAAAGGCUCGAGCACAUUCAGCCAAUUACGGUCAAUGACCUCCGUUCACCUGAAGCCUACUCCCUGACGUUUUCUGAGCUGAAAGAGAGGCAUUUCCCUGUGUCUGCAUUUGAUCCGAAGGUCUUUACACGUCGCUACACAUGGCCAUCCCCCGGGGACCGCCUCCCUAUCAUGCUCAUGCAGCUGAAUUUCAUCCGAGGCGGUCUGAUACUGAAUUGGAAUCCAUUCCACAUGAUUGGCGACGGCACGACAUUUUUCACCUGGACGGCGAUCUGGGCGGAAGAGUGCCGCCGUGCCCAAGGGAUCCAUAUACCCGAACCUUUAGAGCUGCGCCAGAGUAUCGUCAGUGACAGACGACACGCGAUCAACCCUCAGAGCCCCUCUAGUGGAAAGUCGGGCAGGUUGGAGGACCAUCCUCAAUACGUGCUGCUGACUGAUCCAGCUAAGCAACUGGCCAAGGUGCUCACAUCAGAAGGGCAUCUGGGACAAAUUUUUUACUUCUCCAAGGAGUCACUAGAACAGCUCAAGAAGGACGUGUAUCCUCAAAACCCUCGGCCGGGCGAGCCGACGUAUAUCAGCACCAACGACGCUCUGACGGCACUCGCAUGGCGCUCUAUCAUGGCGGCACAAUAUCCACUAGAGAAAAUCAAAGGCGAUGAGGUCUCGGUCUUCAACAUGGCGGUUGAUGGGCGACUACGCAUACAGCCUCCCAUAGACGAGGGCACCCUAGGAAGUUUCGUUGAGUUUAUUGAGGUCAAAACGCCCCUUCGCAGGAUGUUGGAGACAAACAGCGUCGCUGAGAUUGCUCUCCUAAUCCGAAAGGCAAUUGUCAACAUGGAUGAGGCUUUUCAAGGGACUUUCACCAACGAUACGAUCAAGCUGAUCAAUAACUUGGAAGAUGUGAGAUUUCUAUCGCCGUCUGCGUUCCUGGACUGCCCUGGACUGUCCUGCUCUCAGACGAGCUGGGCUAAAUUUGAGCUGUACGGCUUGCAGUGGGGUCCGCUGCUGGGGGAUCGGAUCAAGGCAAUCAGAUCUCCAAGCAAUGGCAUCUUGAAUGGCAUGCAGAUUAUGAUGCCGGAGCUUCCUGAUGGUGGUCGAGAAAUGCUCUGUGGAAUUAAUGAGGAAGACCUGCCAAGGUUGAUUGCCGAUCCGAUUUGGAGGAAAUACGCUGAGCUGCGGUAA